UGGAGAACAGAAGAAACCGGCUCCGGACCAAACCUACCCUCCUAAUUUCCGCAAUAUAUACCUAAAAUAUUCAAAACGUUUUCCACUUCUACUUUUGUUUUUCGUUUUUUUCUUCCAGUUUCCCUUCCCUUGCUCGGGGCGUUCACGAAGUCCCGCCAUAAAUAGGAUAUAAAUUUACAGCUUUUACAAUGCUAGAGCAAUUACUGAUAUUUACUAGAGGAGGUUUAAUCCUCUGGACGUGCAAAGAGCUUGGAAAUGCUCUUAGAGGCUCCCCCAUUGACACCUUAAUCAGGUCCUGCCUUUUGGAGGAACGAUCAGGCGCAGCAUCUUAUAAUUAUGAUGCCCCAGGUGCUGCCUACACUCUUAAGUGGACAUUCCAUAAUGAGCUUGGCCUCGUAUUUGUUGCUGUAUAUCAGCGGAUUCUCCAUCUCUUGUAUGUUGAUGAUUUGCUUUCUAUGGUGAAGCAAGAGUUCUUGGACAUUUAUGAUCCAAAGCGAACUUUGUACAAUGAUUUUGAUGACAUAUUUCAGCAGCUCAAGAAGGAAGCUGAGGCUCGUGCGGAGGAAAUGAAGAAAUCAAAGCAGGUGGGCAAGCCUGUGAAUGAUAACCUUGGUAGGAAGCAAGGGCAGGUGCAAAGUGGUAGCAGAGAUGGAGGCAAUAAAAAGAAGGGUGGUGAUGAUUCUGGAAAGGAUGGUGGAGAUGGCAAGAAAUUCAAAGGCCGCCCAUUAGAAAAUGGGAGUGUGAAUAAUAAUCAUGUUGGGAAAGGGGAAGCACCCUCAAUAGUUAAUGUUAAUGGUAAAGAGAACGGGGCCUCUGAUACUAGAGCUUUUGAUGUAAAUAAGCUGCAAAAACUUAGGUCUAAAGGUGGAAAAGAAACUAAAACUGUUGUUAACAAGGGUUCCAAGGAGGAGCCAAAGAAAAAGAUAACUAAAAAGAAUAGAGUUUGGGAUGAUUCCCCUUCAGAGUCAAAGUUAGAUUUUACUGAUCCUGUGAGUGAGAAUGGGGAACAGAACAUAUCAGUUGUAGCAGCAGAUCACGCAGAUCAAGGGGAGAGUAUGAUGGACAAAGAGGAGAUCAUCAGCAGUGAUAGUGAAACCGAGGAGGACGAGGGGAAGGCUAGUAAGGUUAAUAGAGGGAAGAAGGGAUGGUUCUCAUCCAUGUUCCAGAGCAUUGCCGGAAAGGCAAGUUUGGAGAAGUCUGACCUAGAACCAGCUCUUAAAGCUCUCAAAGACAGGCUUAUGACCAAGAAUGUGGCAGAGGAAAUAGCUGAAAAACUUUGCGAAUCGGUAGCUGCAAGUCUUGAUGGCAAAAGGCUAGCGUCUUUCACAAGAAUUUCCUCAACAGUGCAGGCUGCUAUGGAAGAUGCCCUUGUUUGCAUAUUGACUCCGAGACGCUCCAUUGAUAUUCUGAGGGAUGUUCAUACUGCCAAGGAGCAAGGGAAACCAUAUGUUGUGGUUUUUGUUGGAGUUAAUGGAGUUGGGAAAUCCACGAAUCUUGCUAAGGUUGCUUACUGGCUUCUGCAGCAUAAGAUCAACGUUAUGAUGGCUGCUUGCGACACAUUCAGAUCUGGAGCUGUUGAGCAGCUGCGUACUCAUGCUCGUAGGCUCCAGAUCCCAAUAUUCGAGAAGGGUUAUGAGAAGGAUCCUGCAAUAGUGGCAAAAGAAGCAAUUCAGGAGGCCAGUCGAAAUGGUUCUGAUGUUGUUCUAGUAGACACAGCUGGAAGAAUGCAGGAUAAUGAACCAUUAAUGCGAGCUCUGUCAAAGCUUAUCUAUGUUAACAACCCAGAUCUUGUUCUGUUUGUUGGUGAGGCACUUGUGGGGAACGAUGCUGUGGACCAAUUGUCGAAAUUUAAUCAGAAACUGGGUGACCUCUCACCCUCAGCUAAUCCCAGAUUGAUUGAUGGAAUCCUGCUGACUAAGUUUGAUACCAUCGAUGAUAAGGUCGGUGCUGCAUUGUCCAUGGUUUACAUUUCUGGAGCACCUGUGAUGUUUGUUGGAUGUGGGCAGUCGUAUACCGACUUGAAGAAGCUCAAUGUCAAGUCCAUCGUCAAGACUCUCCUCAAGUAG